UGCAUAUUCAAAGGGGUAUAUUCAAGCAUAACUUUGCUGAUUUUACGUUAAAGUUCGUUACGGCUUAUCGUUUUAUAAUGGAAACUGAGCAGAUUGCUGAUGAAUUGCAAAAGAAGGGUCGUGUGCGCCGCAAACAAACACUUAACACAAUCCUGAAACAAAUGCACUUUUACUUCAGCGACUCUAACCUAUCAAAAGACCGCUUUUUGGCCAACAGACUACAAGAAUCUGAAUAUGUUGAUCUAGAUGUAUUUUUAACAUUUAACAAAAUCUCUAAGCUGACAUCAUCAGUGGAAGAGAUUGCUAAAGCAUUAAAAAAGUCUGAUUUACUUGAACUAAAUGAAGAUUGCACCAAAGUCAAAAGAACCACACCACACAAGAUAAAAACCAAUGAAGAUGAAUGCAUUAUUUAUGUGCAAACCAUACAACCUGAUACAACACAUGAAUGGCUAACAAAUGUGUUUUCUGAAUUUGGCAAAGUUGAAUAUGUAUCCAUUCCAAAGUAUUCACAUAAUAAAUUUGCCAAAGGUUUUGCUUUCAUUGAGUAUGAAAAUGUAGAGCAAGUAAAGACUGCAUUAGAAUAUUUUGAGAGCAUUGGGGGAAGGAUAUCAUCACAAAUUAAUUCAGAAGAAUUGUGCAGUAAUAAAACUUAUGAAGAAGGUGGUGAUGUUAAGUUGGAGGAAGAAAAUGAGAGUGAACCAAAUGAAAAGAAGAGAAAACAUGUGGAUGAUGAAGAAGGGGAUGUGGAGGGUGACAAGAAUAAAAAAAUAAAAGCAGAAACACAGGAGGAAGAGGAUAGUAAACAGAAGAAGAGGAGCACCAAGAGGAAAGCAUUAAUCAAAGAACAUGGGCUUCAAGUAUUAACUAAAUUAGAAUGGAAGAAACUCCGCAAUCGUUAUUGGGAAAUGCAACGAAAAAAGAUGAAACAACUCAAACAGCAUCUGUACAAACAUCGUUUGCAUCAAAAUAAUUAUUUAGAUAUUCAAAAUCAGCAUGUGAAGACACACAGUGAAGUAAAAGUAGGAAAAGUAAAAACAGAAAAUGAUGGAAUGCACGAUUAUACACCUGGGAUUAUUGUCAAGCUAAAAUUAACUGAACCGUGGGCUGAAGCAAAGAUAAUUAAGAAUGAACUGAAGAGUUUAAACAAUACCAUUCAGUAUGUAGAAGUGCCAGUAACACUCGCUUCUGAUGAAGUUUAUCUGCGUUUUGUUGCGCCGGAAAACGCGAAUGAGUUUUGUGCGUCAAACCCUAAAGGCCAAGGGAUUGUACUCACAGGUGAGGAAGAAAAGCAGUACUGGGAGAAAAUUAAAACUAGUCGUGACGCGCGCCUAAAUAAAGACGUAAAGAAACAACGUGGCAGAGACAAACUGCUGAAACGAGCUGAGCGUGAACUUGGGAAACACAUUCGGUUUGAUGACACUGACUAGCGAUAUUAUACAGGUAAUAUUAUAUUUUUGUAAGUAAAGAAUACAAUCAAUUAUUGUUUCCAUAAAAAAAUAAUGGAAUAUUGUAAUUUAAAAAACUAA